UGUGAAAUUCAUUUUAUUUUCUCCGUAACAUGGAAUGAAGCAAGUUGCGUAUGUGACAAGAUUUGUCUGAAAUUUGGUGCCACUAGGCAUCGCGGCAAAAGUUGUUAAAGCACUGACAAACAAGCAAUAUUUCAAGAUUUUCUGGUAUCAUGGCGUACCUUUUUACGCUGAGUUUGUAUGCAGAAAAGGAAAGCUUAGCAUCGGCCGAAAUUAGUGGCACAUAUUUCGAAAGGUUAACACGAUGACCCAAUGCUCUCUGCAAUUACAAAGUAUUCGCCAAUCAGAGCCUUUGACAGUUCUUUCAGCACCGGAAACCCGUGAUUUUUGCCCGAGACAGAUUGAAGUUUCAAAUUAACUCCACCAGCAACAGGUCCAGUUACGAUGGUGGCGAACCUCUCCUGAGCAUUGAAAAUGAGCCCCACAUUCCGGGUCACAGUUGCGCUCGAACUUUCAAGAUUCUCGAUGACGUAGGAACGUGAAGUGAGCGCACAGGCACGCUAAGUCACCUUAAAGUGUAUCGUCGCAUAGGGCAGCUUGAGCUCUUCCCAUCGCCGAGGCUCUCGUCUCCUAUAAAGCUACUACUAACAGCAUUUACGCCUACAGUCUUUGUGGUAAUUAAUCGACCGCCUUAAGUCAAGUUCUCAGGCAGGUUCCCAUUUUUAGCGUCUGUGAACUGCCGUAUUGUUUAGUUUCAAGCCAAGGGUGCAUUGAGGAUUCGCUGUGAGUGCCCGGUCAGCCUGCAAUCUUCUAGAUGGCGAUUCAAUGCGGCACUCUCUCUGCCUCUCUAAAUACGCCCACACCCAAACGUUUCCUGUUGGCCACAUUUAGCUGAUAUCGCAUAUUUAGGCGACAGUUUGCAUAAUGUCAAUUCAGGUUUGAGUAUAACGACUACUCCGCUAGGUCUUAUGGGCCAAAUGAUUAGUGGUUGCCAGACAUGCAUGAGAGUAAUUUCAUGUGAAGACGUGCUUACAGCAUGACAAUUACCUGUAAUCUUGGUACCUACAACAACGCUUUGAGGCACGAAUUUAGUUUCCUUAAGCUACAGCUCUACACAUUGUUCACCUCAACGAGAAAAGAAAGCGAAUAAUGAGAAUUUCCGGUUUUUCUUAUUACUCUUUCUCUCUCUCUCUCUCUCUUCUUUCUCUUUCUUUUUUCUUUUCCCUUUUUUUUUACGCACGCUUUCUUACGGUUUGCGAUUAACGGCUCACUAUGGUGAACACUAAUGUCAACAUUGUCUUAGAGUUUGCUAAAAUUUGGCACUCAUUUGAAGCAAUUGACGGAAAACGCCGUGAGCAAAUAACAACCUCCGUGUGUAUAUUCUCGUACGCUUAUACGACCACCAUUCGACACUCAUGGCAGCACCCGCGCAGCCCAGCGGAAUGAUCCUGCAAGAGCGCGUGGCCAACGAGAGUGCCCGCUACGGUGACAUCAUUCAAGCGGACUUUCGCGACACGUACCGGAACCUAACGCUCAAGUCCGUGUUCCUGCUGAAGUGGGCCUUCAUGUACUGCUCGCGGGCUCAAUUCCUCUUGAAGACUGACGACGACGUGUUCGUCAACGUGGACAACCUCGUGCGCUUUCUACUGGCACUGCGAAACGGAAAGCGCCGAACAGGGCAAGCAGCGCUCGUUCUCUCCACAAUAUCAUCGCGUAAUACUCUUCGAAAUAGCUUUUCUCGGAGCAACAAGCAGGCGUUGCUCGGUGUCGGCGCAUUCAGCUGUAGCGAUCCCGCACUGCGGCUUUCACCGCGACUAAACGCGCCGCCGGACACGUUCCGCAGGCCCUUCGUGGUCAGUCACAUGAGACGGAACACAACCGCCGAACGCGGCUUGGCGCACAAAAACUACCUGCCACAGUCGGUGUUCGCCAACGACAACCUGCCUCUGUACGGUUCCGGCACCGCCUACGUCAUGUCGUGUGACGCCGUGCGACCCCUCUUCACGGAGGCCCUGGUGACGCCGUUCCUCUACGUCGAAGACGUCUUCAUCACUGGACUCGUGGCCCAAAAGGUGUGCGCCCAGGCGCGGCCGCGCAUGCGUCAGUCGAAGAAUGUUUCCUAUAGCGUCGCCGCACCAGACGCUUUUCUAAUUUCAGGUGUAACAAGCGCACCAGUAUGCAAACCAACUAGCCUAUUCUACGUUUAUGUUACACUUUUCUAACUCAUGUGAAGAACAAAAAAAAAAAGAACCUUGCGAACAGAAGUCGCCGCCAUUCACCUGCGCCAUUAUCGCGCCUGCCUUUUGACAUGAGAAGCUGCGGAACGUGACGUCAAGAAAAUUUGGAGGCGCUGGCGUCAGCCUUAGGAUAUAUGACUAAUAUUUAAGCGAUACAUACUAUAGCAUGGCGUGAAAGCGAAUAAUCAGUGAAACCGAGGGCUCAAUUUUUCAUACACGACCAUAUGAAGCCAACAGACAAUGGAGGCAAGGAAAUGGCUCAAUAAAAAUUAGUUGUUGUUUUUUUAGUUGAACUGUACAAAUAAUAAUGCAGGAGAUUAAAUUCUCAUCUACAUUUAAAUUAUAUAUAAAAUUGGUUCAUUUCCCCUAAGCUUUCUUUUUUUAACUACAUUAUCUGUGGCUCCAUGCACUGCCGGGAGUUUUUUUUUUCCUUCUUUUUUUUUUGAAUAAUAUCCUACCACGAAAAUUUUCAGACAUCACCUCGCACCUUCAGUUAUGCAACUGCAGCUUUUCUAUACGCUUUUCGCCGGAAACUAACAAGCGGACAUUCCUCUGAAAUCAAGUCAGAAUAAGCGGCGCUCCUCGGCCAAAAAAAAUACAUUCUCAGAGAAAUUUGCACCCUAUGGGGCUUACCUUGUUCCCAGAAUAAUCGUCGUCUAGGCUGCGUGUAUUUCCUUUAUUAUCUUUUUUUUCUUCCUUUUAAUGUUUCGGGUUUCUGGUACUUUCAGGUCAUGAACUUCGUGCUAAGUAAAAGAAGUGCACGCAAUACAGAUGGCGGCUAUAUUGGGGGAACAGGACAACUUCCGAGGGAUGUAGAAAUAUUUCAGAGGGCACGCGUAGCCCGAAACAACUUCAACAUUUCAUUUUAAAACAUGUUUUAAUGUGGCUCAUUUCAGUUACAAACUCUACCGUAUAUUUUGGUGCGUGUCUUAGAAGGACUCAUUUAUUGAGAACAAUCAAAAAGCAGAGCGCUCAUCUUUCGUCCCAGCGUUUCCUCGCAUGAAGCAACGGAAGUAACCAACGGUCAUAAUUUUGGGUUUGUCUCCUUGACUCCGAUAAAGGCUACGGAUCUUAGCGAAUGAGCCUCUCCAAGCUGACCGAAGAUAUGGCCAUCAUAAAUGACUCACUGGUGCUAAACUACACAUAAGUAUACCAUGCAGCUGGGCUUUAAAAGAGAAAAAAUAA